CCCGUGACUGAAAAAAAAAAAAAUAAUAAGGAGGAUUUAGAAAGAAAAAGAAAAAAAAAAACCUCCACAACAGACUGCACAAUUAGCUAUGCACACCGAUUGCUGGACUUUGUGAAUAGAGACCUCUGGGAGGAAAAUCUUGAACUGUGAUCUUGGGCUAAGCCGUGAAUCAUUACUGGAAACGUGCUUUUCCCCCCUAAGACUGAGAGAUUUGGGGGCAUCUCACGCCUAACCAAGGUUUUUUUUUAAAAAAAAAAAACAAACAAACAAAUAAAUAUUCGUAAGCAAAGCAGACGCCUUGUUUUGCAGAGCCUCGGACUCCGGCCGAAAGAGGUAGAGUAAAGUGCUGCUGGGUUCAGCUUUGCCUUCCUCCCCCGCUCUCUUUUUCUCCUUUUCUCUGCCCCCACCCCCUAUGAAUCCAGCUUUUUUUUUUUUUCUUUCUAUUGAGUGAGUCAGAGAAAGCGUUAGGAAGAAGCCGCAACUAAUGUCUGUGAAGGGAGGCCCGUGAGGGCAGAGUGAAUACGAUUCGUUCCGCUGCUUCUGACUCAUCCGGCAGAUCAGAACACCUGCAUUUCUGGAUGUGUCCUGCCCCUAUACCGAGGCUCCUGGAGAAGCAGAAAUAAUGUGUAGAUCAAGCCGUGCCUAACCUCCCUUUGGUGGUGGAGGUACUUUCCCCCGGGUGGGCGCCCUGGCAGAACCCCGGUGGCCGCAGCUCCUCACCCUCUGCCCUCCCCAAGCCGACCAGAGACCGUGAGAUCCAGGCUGCAGAAUGCAUCACGCCAAACCUUGAUGUGUUCUCUCCACCCUACGCCUCCCGUUUAAAAUCAUAAUAAUAGUAAUAAUAAAAAGGGGGUUGAAAAACCCGCACUUUAUUUUCUUCGAAUAGUCACCACUCUUGCUCCUCGCCAAGGUUUUCCUUGCUAGAUGAAAAGGACUGGGAAGCUGGGCCACUGGAAGGAGAUGCUGAAUAGAAAGAAAAGAGCCACUUGACAGCCCAGCCCUGUGAAUGCAGAGACUGUUUCCCUUCUAGCGAGAGACAGGGCGAGUGUGUGUGUGCUAGGACUGGGAGGGUUGCUUCCCCCUCCUUUCUAUUCUGCCCUCCCCCCUUCAGAUCUGCACGUCUAACCAUGAGUUGCCUGUUGAUUUCCUUUCGCCUGGCAAGAGAAGCAAACUGGAAUUAAACUGCGUGGAGUGAAGUCCUUGCUUGCAGGAAGAGGAUGGGAUGGUAGUGGCAGCUCCGGGCUUGGCAUAGAUACACCAGAGUGUUCGACGAACCAAGGCGGAGAUAUAGCUCUAUAUUUUCUCCUCCCAAUAGGCUCUCGCCGCAAAUGCUGAUCAGGCUGUGGCUUUUUUGAUUUUGUGGGAGAGCCUUCUCCGAGGAAGAGAGGGAGGAGCUUGGUAGGGGGAGGAAACUACAAAUCGGGACACUAGGGGUUUUUUUGCGCUGCAUUUCCUCUUCUCCCUUUGACUGCUCGGAAAGGAGAGAGAGAAAGAAAAAAAAAGAAAAGAAAAAAAAAAAAGACUUGGCUCGGAGAUGCAGUCCGCUGCCGCCGCCGCUGCCUAAGCCAGCAAUGCAAGAUUAGAUCUUUAAAUGCAGCAAUACACUGCCUGAAAGCCGACCAUCCUGCACAACGAGCAGACAUUUCUCUGCGUUCCAGGGGAAGCCUCAAAUAUACAUAUGUAUCUGUGACUCUCUCUUCGUCCCUACUCAUUCCCAUCAAUUUCCUCACCGAUUACGAGUAACUAAGGAUUCCACUUUCCGAUUUGCCUGGAGACACACCUCCCUAAGCCCUCCCCCAACCCGAUUCGAAGAAUAUAUUCUGUAGGCUGCCGGAGGGAGUGGAUUUUGCAGCGCCUAGCGGGAGCGAAGAAAACCCACCAAUUCUUCAGCUCAUUAUCAUCUCUUCCAGACUCUUAUUUCCUUCUUAUCGCCAGCAUCAUCACGCAAGUUUGAGCCUUCUGAAGUCCAGGCGGAAGAGACAAAGCCUUGGGCUCGCCCUCAGCCUUAGGAAGCCGCCGCCUAGCUCUGAGCUGCUGCAGCCUCGCUGCGCGGCUGCUUCUCACCCAGUGCGAAUGCUGUAGAUCAACAGGUUCGGGCAACUUGAGCGGAAUAAGGAGAGACUGACUGGUGCCGCAGCCCGGGUGCGGAGGGAAGGAAGGACUCCCAGACUUGUGGCUCGCUCUGAGCUCCGACGCUCCGCCCCGGUUCCAGACUGGCGCGCACCCACCAGCUCGCACCUCCAGUCCGGCUGCUCCUGCUCCCACCCCACCGGUCUGGGAUGUACCUUUCCAUCUGUUGCUGCUUUCUCCUGUGGGCCCCUGCCCUGACACUCAAAAACCUCAACUACUCAGUGCCAGAAGAGCAAGGGGCCGGCACGGUGAUAGGCAACAUAGGCAAGGAUGCCCGACUGCAACCCGGGCUUCCGCCGGCUGAGCGCGGUAGCGGCGGCGGGCGAGGCAAGUCGGGCAGCUACCGGGUGCUGGAGAACUCCGCACCGCACCUGCUGGACGUGGACGCCGACAGCGGGCUUCUCUACACCAAGCAGCGCAUCGACCGUGAGUCGUUGUGCCGCCACAAUGCCAAGUGCCAGCUGUCCCUAGAGGUGUUCGCUAAUGACAAGGAGAUCUGCAUGAUCAAAGUAGAGAUACAGGACAUCAACGACAAUGCUCCCUCUUUCCCCUCGGACCAGAUCGAAAUGGACAUCUCAGAGAACGCGGCGCCAGGCACCCGCUUCCCCCUUACUAGCGCACACGACCCAGACGCUGGCGAGAACGGUCUCCGCACCUAUCUGCUCACCCGCGAUGACCACGGCCUCUUUGCACUGGACGUCAAGUCCCGCGGCGACGGCACCAAGUUCCCUGAACUGGUCAUUCAAAAAGCUUUGGACCGCGAGCUGCAGAACCACCACACUCUGGUGCUGACUGCCCUGGAUGGCGGAGAGCCUCCGCGCUCCGCCACGGUGCAGAUCAAUGUGAAGGUGAUCGAUUCUAAUGACAACAGUCCAGUCUUCGAGGCUCCGUCAUACUUGGUGGAACUGCCCGAGAACGCACCCCUGGGCACCGUGGUCAUUGAUCUGAAUGCCACCGACGCUGAUGAAGGUCCCAACGGAGAAGUGCUGUACUCCUUCAGCAGCUAUGUGCCCGACCGCGUGCGGGAGCUCUUCUCCAUCGAUCCCAAAACCGGCCUUAUCCGCGUUAAGGGCAACUUGGACUAUGAGGAGAAUGGCAUGUUGGAGAUCGACGUGCAGGCCAGAGACCUAGGUCCUAACCCAAUUCCAGCCCACUGCAAGGUCACAGUCAAGCUUAUCGACCGCAAUGACAACGCGCCGUCCAUUGGUUUCGUCUCCGUGCGGCAGGGGGCGCUGAGCGAGGCCGCCCCGCCUGGCACAGUCAUCGCCCUGGUUCGGGUCACUGACCGAGACUCAGGCAAGAAUGGGCAGCUGCAGUGUAGGGUACUAGGCGGAGGAGGGACUGGCGUUGGAGGCAGCUUGGGAGGUCCCGGUUCGGUCCCCUUCAAGCUUGAAGAGAACUAUGACAACUUCUACACUGUGGUUACUGACCGUCAGCUGGACCGCGAGACACAGGACGAGUAUAACGUGACUAUCGUGGCCCGGGACGGGGGAUCCCCUCCACUCAACUCCACCAAGUCUUUCGCUGUCAAGAUUCUAGAUGAGAAUGAUAACCCGCCUCGUUUCACCAAAGGGUUGUAUGUCCUCCAAGUACAUGAGAACAACAUUCCAGGAGAAUACCUCGGUUCAGUGCUCGCCCAAGAUCCCGACCUGGGCCAAAAUGGGACAGUGUCCUACUCCAUUCUUCCCUCGCACAUUGGCGACGUGUCAAUCUACACCUAUGUGUCCGUGAACCCCACUAAUGGGGCCAUAUAUGCCCUGCGCUCCUUUAACUAUGAACAAACGAAGGCUUUUGAAUUCAAGGUACUGGCUAAGGACUCCGGGGCGCCAGCACACUUGGAGAGCAACGCCACGGUGAGGGUGACAGUGUUAGACGUGAAUGACAACGCUCCAGUGAUUGUGCUGCCCACUCUACAGAACGACACAGCUGAGCUGCAGGUCCCGCGAAAUGCUGGUCUGGGCUACCUAGUAAGCACCGUGCGCGCCCUGGACAGUGACUUUGGAGAGAGCGGGCGCCUCACUUAUGAGAUUGUGGAUGGCAAUGACGACCACCUGUUUGAGAUUGAUCCAUCCAGCGGCGAGAUCCGCACGCUGCACCCCUUCUGGGAGGAUGUGACCCCCGUGGUGGAGCUUGUAGUGAAGGUGACUGAUCAUGGCAAGCCCACCCUGUCCGCGGUGGCCAAACUCAUCAUUCGUUCAGUGAGCGGCUCUCUGCCUGAAGGGGUACCGCGAGUCAAUGGGGAGCAGCACCACUGGGACAUGUCGCUGCCUCUCAUAGUGACUCUAAGCACGAUUUCUAUCAUCCUCCUAGCGGCCAUGAUCACCAUAGCUGUCAAGUGCAAACGGGAAAACAAGGAGAUUCGCACUUACAACUGCCGCAUCGCCGAGUACAGUCACCCACAGCUAGGCGGGGGGAAGGGCAAGAAGAAGAAAAUCAACAAAAACGAUAUCAUGCUGGUGCAGAGCGAGGUGGAGGAGAGGAACGCCAUGAACGUCAUGAACGUGGUGAGCAGUCCCUCCCUGGCCACCUCCCCCAUGUACUUCGACUACCAAACCCGCCUGCCCCUCAGCUCGCCCCGGUCAGAGGUGAUGUAUCUUAAGCCAGCCUCCAACAACCUGACUGUCCCGCAGGGGCACGCAGGCUGCCACACCAGCUUCACCGGACAAGGGACUAAUUCGAGCGAGACCCCUGCCACUCGGAUGUCCAUAAUUCAGACAGACAAUUUUCCCGCAGAGCCCAAUUACAUGGGCAGCAGGCAGCAGUUUGUUCAAAGUAGCUCCACGUUUAAGGACCCAGAAAGAGCCAGCCUGAGAGACAGUGGGCACGGGGACAGUGAUCAGGCUGACAGUGACCAAGACACUAACAAAGGCUCCUGCUGUGACAUGUCUGUUAGGGAGGCACUCAAGAUGAAAACUACUUCAACUAAAAGUCAACCACUUGAGCAAGCAUUCCCGACUUUGCUUUCCUUUGCUAUCCUCACCCUACACACCAUCACUACUAGACUUCAGUCUGUUGAUCCGCUUCCUCCAGAACCGGAAGAGUGCAUUAAUUGCACAGAUGAAUGUCGAGUGCUUGGUCAUUCUGAUAGGUGUUGGAUGCCACAGUUCCCUGCAGCCAAUCAGGCUGAAAAUGCAGAUUACCGCACAAAUCUCUUUGUACCCACAGUUGAAGCUAAUGUUGAGACUGAGACUUAUGAAACUGUGAACCCCACUGGGAAAAAGACUUUUUGUACAUUUGGAAAAGACAAGCGAGAGCACACUAUUCUCAUUGCCAAUGUGAAACCUUAUUUAAAAGCCAAACGUGCCCUGAGCCCUCUCCUCCAAGAGGUCCCCUCAGCAUCUAACAGCCCCACCAAGGCAUGCAUUGAGCCUUGCGCCUCCACAAAAGGUUCCCUGGAUGGCUGCGAAGCAAAACCGGGAGCUCUAGCCGAAGCAAGCAGUUCCUACCUGCCUACUGACAGUCAGUAUCUGUCGCCCAGUAAGCAACCAAGAGACCCUUCCUUCAUGGCUUCUGACCAGAUGGCAAGAGUCUUUGCGGAUGUGCAUUCCAGAGCCAGCAGGGAUUCCAGCGAGAUGGGAGCAGUGCUGGAACAGCUGGAUCACUCCAACAGAGAUCUGGGCAGAGAGUCGGUGGAUGCAGAAGAAGUUGUGAGAGAGAUUGACAAGCUCUUGCAGGACUGCCGGGGAAAUGACCCUGUCGCUGUGAGAAAGUGAGGGGGAAAAGGGCCUUGGCGUUUUUUCUUGUCUCUUCUGUUGAUUUAAACAUGAUUACUCCCCAAGUGACAACCCAUUUUACAGGGGUGGACCAAGAACAGUGCUGCUUUAAGGCUUUUAGUGAACAUCUGAAGUGCCCACAAGUAUGUUCUUUUCACUGCUGUUUCUUUUACAGAAAUAACAAUGGUUUUGACCAAACAUAUAUUAGGACAGAAUUAAUGACGCUUAAGGAGAAACGAGAAAAGAGAGAGUGAAGAAAACGGAGGAGAGAGAGAAGACAAAGGAGGAUGAGGAGACAAGUUACCUUUUGACAAUCUGUUAGGAAGGUAUUCAGCGUGAGACUUCAAGUAUUUCUGAUUGCUCUAAGACUGUCCUCCGAGAUCGAUGCUGACUUAACUGUUUACCUAUAAACCCCAUACAAAGCAGGGUCUUAUUUGUUAUCUGUGGUGGGUUUCUAGCUGACAUCACAGGCUUCUACUGAAAGUCCUGAAAAGACCUUGCAGUAGUCCAAGCUACACCAAACAUUAACACAUAUUUGUGGUAAACAUUUCUGUAUAAAGUACCUGCCAAGCAUAGAAACACAAAGACCAUUUCAUAUCAUUAGUCAGAAAGCAAAAGUAUAUAUAUAAUAAUAAUAAUAACAAAACAGAAAAAAAAAUACAACAACGAAAAAACCUUGGUCAUUUGUAAGACACCUCAUGUCGUUUAAAAGUUCAAUGUAAAAAGAUAUAGUCCGUGUUGUCCUGAACACAUGCAGACCUAUUCACUUCAUUAAAGAAGAAAAUUUGAAGACUUAAAAAUGUCUAUUUAGCAUUUUAGUGUCCAACAAAGAUAUAAAUGAUGGUGAAUUUGUUUUACAUUUGAACAAAUCUGAAUCAUGGGCUAUUAUUGAGUGGUACUAUUGAGAGAAAAUUAAGAUGACUUAAAUGUUAAUUCAUUUUUGGACACUGAAAUAGCUCAGGAAAGUGAAAAAAUUAGACAUAACUGAUCACAUGACCAUUUAAAUGUGCAGAUGUAAGAAGAUUCAAUGUGUUUACAUCAAAUGACAUAUUUUUAUUGAUUUAUUGCAGAUUCCGUGCAUAUGAGCCAAAUUGUUGAGUGUAUAAGAGCUAUAUUGUGUAUUUUAUUAAAUUAAUAUAUAGUUGUGUUGCAAAAAUAUUUGGGCUUAUAUUGUAAAUGGCAAGUGUUGCCUCGGUAGCUGUCGAACUCUAUGAGUUUUGUUUUUUCCUGCUUCCUUUUCCCCAUGGAGCGUGGGAAGCAGUGCCUCAGAGCAAAGUCUCUUGUUUAAUGUAUAGUCUACCAAGUACUACAGUACAUAAUUCUGUUCAAAACGUGUUUGAGUGAGCUGAUGGAGCUAACUGAAAGGUCCAAAAAAAUACAUCUGUCAUUCAUAGUUCUGUGCAAGUCCUUGUAGAAGCUUUGAUUAAAGUCAUGAUAAAUCACAAGAACAAGAACUACAUUUUGUACCAAUACCUGGAAAUUCUUUACCAUGUUUUCAAUAACAUAAAGCUUCUGCCUAUGUAGAUAGCAUAGCAUUGAUUGGUUCUCAAAAGUAUCUUCAGUGGUUCAGGUGUAUGUGUACAUCAUAUUACUAAACAUGGCAAAUGUUUUAAUGCAUGUGUAGUACCAGUACUGGUUACAUGCAUUGUGUACUGUGUUUUAAGUGGUCUUGGUGUUAACAAAAUCUGUUUUUCUUUAGCUCUGUGUUAUUCUGCCUCCUUCUAUUGGUGUCCUUUGAGAACAAUACCCUUUAUUCCAUCACUUGGUUACACCUUUUCUUAUGACAUUUAGCAAGUUUCCAACGCCCUUCCUUCUUAAGCUAAGACAACUCUAAUUUCAGGAAUUGGGAAAAAUAAAAUUAGCACUCACAGAAGUAGUAGCAGAUGGAGAAAUGCCUUGAUUGACAUUUUCCUUCAGCAUUUAAAUUUUGUUUUUGGCAUUUAACAGCUUCAUGGCAAACAGUUUGAGCCCAUACCUUGGAAAAUGUGGUGCUGAGUUAAAUAAAGGCUGUUUGUGCACUGGAGCAGAAAAAAAAAGUGAUUAUUUACAAACUGGGAGAGAAUUUUGUGCCUUCUUUUCUGGCCACCAAGCCAGUGUAGAAACAGCAUAAAUGUCAUAAAAUCCUUAUACUAAAAACAAAAGAAAAAGUAAAACAAACAUUAAACUAAAUUCAGUUUUGUAAUUAAAUAUAUCCGCUGGAACUCUUUCCAUCAUUUCACAGAAGUUUUAGAUCGUACCUCACUCGCAACAAUUGCUUUGGGGGUAAAAAUGGGUGACUCCCCACAGCCUUAUUCUCUUGAGAACCGCACUUGGUUCUUGGUAACAGCCUUUCCACAGUUCUACUCACGCUUUCUGUUAUCCAUACAUGUUUAAAUUAGAAAAGAACGGAUCUUGUACAUGUAAAACACAAUUAACACCAUAUUUUGGCCAAUUUUAUGUAUCUACAGUGUGUUGUCUCUGUUCUAUGAUAUUACUUUUUUUCAGGAGACUACAAAAUGACUUAGAUUGAUAGAUAGUUGAAAACUGACGGAAAACGCUUCCCUUUUAGUCUUUCCCAGCUUUGCCUCUCUCUCACUAUUCAGAUAACCACAUAGUAAAGUCUAAGCAGUGCGCCAAUGAAUUCAACACAAAGAAUAGGUUUAUUUUUUAAAACUUCUUGAUUCUAAGUAACCAGUUGUUCAAGGUAUAGUGUCUGAUGACGCUGACACACUCUGCGAGUCUCAGAAUUGGUUGAACCAGUAUGUGAGGGAUAGACAAGAAGCGGCCACCAGUGAUUUACUAGUGUUAGCUGUUUAAUACCUUUUCUGUAUUUAGUAGUGAUUAUUUAUUUACAAGUUGGUGGUAGUUCAAGUCAGGACUCUGAGCUUUGUAGUUGAGGGAAUCUUGCUUUUAUUCAUCUCCCUGGGACCUGCCUUCAUCACAGAACUCUGGUGCUUGGCUUCCAAGGAAGCCUUUGCUAUGCCAAAAUCAUACAUUUGGGGAACAAUGUCUCUAAUGGGUGGUACAGAAUCAGUAGAAUUGAAGACGUUUCUGGAAUGUAGAGUGCUUUGCAAAUGUACAUGCAUAAGAUGAGAAAUAAUGUCUUUUAUGUCCCUAGAGCUAUUCAAGUAGAAGACAAUUCCAUUUGGGGAAAUUUAGCAAAAGACUCAAAACACUAAAAAAAAAAAAAAUGCUUAAUGGUGAACUACAAAUAAAACUUUAGUAGUGAAAUCGUUCACCAUCUGUUAAUAAUGAAAAUGUUUUCAUUAAAGUUCAAAAUAGUAAGAAUAAGUGUGAUACCAUAUCAAAGUAAACAUUUAAGAGCAAUGUCUUAUGUAAUCUCAAAGAAGGUUUUCACAUUGUUUCUUUAACCAACAAACUUACCCCCAUUGCAAACAACAGACAAAAAUUGGAACCUGUGCCAUAGAUUCACUGAAUUCCUGGGUGAGAAAUUGGUUGUUUCUUUCCCUAAAUCAACUGAGUUCUUAUAAAACAUGGCUUUCUUUUUAAGGAUGUAGACACUGCUCAAAUUUAAAAAAAAAAAAAAAAAAAGCACCACAAAAAAUAGUCAUGUAAUAAUGAGCAGUAUGCUUAUGAGAACCAAGUUAAAAGCUGUUUGUUGUCUAAUGGAGUGGAAGUUGCUGGGGUCAACAAAUAGACUAAGGACCAGCAUAAUAUGUACCUACUCAUUAUUGUCUAAUUAUAAUCUUUUGACAAGAGACAACAUUUAUCAGAGCAUUAAUUCCACGAGAGUUUUGGCUAUCAAGUUGUGUUGAUUUGAAACCUAAUUGAAUGAGACCUGAUUAAAGUCUGACUCUCCUGGCCCCAGUGUUUUGCAGGUUAGCUAUUUCCAUUUAUCAGUCCCAUCACUUCAUAAGGUUCUUCCUGCACCAAGUGAUUGGUGAACAAGGACAGCGACAACAAAAAGCAGCAUACAUUGUAUGGAUUUAUCUCAACGCUAAUGUUUAAUGGCUGUGUUUCAUGUGACCUGUCUGGAAAAUGAGGACUCUGAAUAAAAAGCUAUUACUAAUAGUG